AUGGCCUCCAGCUCUGGCUCCGGCUCCUCUGCUUCCUGGGGCAUGGAGUUCUUCGAUUUCACCGGCACCAAUGACGAGGAGAAGGCUCAGGCGUGGGACGUCAUCCGCGGCUGUCACCAGUCGGGCGGCGUCGAGUUCUUCUUCGAGUACCCCACUAGUAGUAAUACUAUAAGCAAUAACAACAACAACAACCACAGUCACAACAAGUCACCGAUAUAUAUCAAUAAUGUAAAUGGAAUUCUAUCACCUCCAAAUGUCCUCAGCGAGGGACAACAACAGCAGCCGCCCCCGCUGCUUUCACAACAACAACAGCGACCGGCGGCGACAGUUGAUCAAACGGGGGCCUAUGUCGCCGCCCCCAGCCUACUCUACUCAAAUCAAAAUCACCUCACCUUCCAGGCCCAGUCCAACUGGGACCCAACAAACAGUGGUGGUGGAAACGCCGCCGCGCUGAUGCAACAGCAGCCGAACCUGGCCGCCUCUCCGCCUAUGGGCUUUCUGGUGGGGCCACCACCGCCUCAGCCGCAGCAGCCACCACAGGCGACCGGGGCUGCAGCAAUGUCCAGCAAUGGCGGUCCUCCUGGCGCGGGCAAUGCCCAACAGCCUCCGCCGCCGCCGCCCACUCACAUGGCCCCACAUCCUUAUCACUACGCCCCUCACCCGCAUGGCCAUCCACCACCACCGCCCGCCUUUCCACACCCUGCCUUAUUCGCCGGCCACCCGGCGCACCACGGUCACCACCCUCACCCUCAUCCUCAUCACCCUCAUCAUGCGCAUCACCCGGCAGCCGCCUACCCUCCUCCGCCCCCGCCUCAUCAGACACACCAGCUGUACUUCAUCAGUCCGCACGACGGCGCCUCCUACCCUUACUAUCCGCAGCAGAUGCCGCCGCCACCCUAUCCAAAGCUGAGCUCGAUGAUGGAGAUGGAGGUGCCCAAGCCGCCCCCGCAGCAGCAGCAGCAGCACUACGCUCCUCCAGCGAUGCAACAGCAACAGCAGCAGCCUCAGUCGAUUCCUCCCCCUCACAGCCAAGUGAUUCAAACUUCCACCACUACACUCACACCCAUCAUCAACAACAACUCACAGCAGCAGCAGCAACUGCAGAUUACUCAACAGAUGACACAUUCACAGAAUAUUUUGCCUCUCGAGUCCAUCCCAUCCUCAAGCAUCAGCAACACAAACCACGAUCUGACACUGCAGCAGGACUCGCCGUCGACUGCACCACCACCACCACCAUCAUCCUCAUCAUCUUCAGCAAUCACAUCGAAAGCACUACCCUCAUCAUUAUUAUCACCAUCCUCAUCAUCCCCACAGACUGAAGCCGUCCUGAGCGGGAGCAAGGUGGUGACUGUGUCACCCGCUGUCGCUGCUGCUGCUGCACCAGUGCAAACCAUUGAGUCAUCGAGCCUGCCAGCACCACCAUCAUCAUCAUCGUCAUCGUCACAACCACAACCACCACAUCUCACAUUGCAAUCACCACCACCCCCAUCAUCACAACAGCCACCAAAGUCAAUUACUUCUUCUUCUACUACUACUACUGAACAAGCAUCCACAACUGUCAUUGAAUCCGAGCAAGGCAUCAACACUUCAGUCGUCAAGAGCUCCGAAGGGGGCGAGACCCUGCAAGCUCUGCUCGCUUGUCCGCCCUUUUACAAUUUAAUGCGCGAGAUUAGCGAGACGCCCAAUGUCUUUCGCGAGGCGACCUCUACGCCCAUUAUUGAUAAUUUUGCUCGAUACUUUGGCCGCUUCCAGCCGGCGGACCGGCGGCAGAUCAAGUCGGGCGCCGGCGCCGCCGGGGGCACCGCUCAGGCCUACCUCGAGGAGCUGCUCAACAAUGAUCCCUUUGAGCCGGCGUGCAUCUACGACACGCUGAAGCACAUCGGCAUGAUCAAGAGUGACCAGGAGCGGGGUCACCAGGAGGACGCCGAGGAGUUUCUCUCCUCGCUGCUCAACGGCCUCCACGAGGAGAUGAUCAAGCUGUCGGAGCUGUGGGCGGCCAGGCAGGGCGGCAAUGCUGCCGGCGGGGCUGGGGCUGCUGUCAAGACGAAUGGAUUUGCCAACGCCGCCACUAGUGAUGCUGCUGCCGCAGCUGCUGCUCUGUCCGAUGAUGAUCACCACAAGGCGGAAGGUGAUGUUGAUGGUGGUGACGCCGACAAUGAUGGCGACAAUGACGACGACGUCUGGCACGAGGUGGGCACCUCGAAGCACAAGGCGCUGCCCACUCGAUCGGCCACCGUCGUCGCCACGGCAAUAACGCAAAUCUUUGGCGGCUCGGCGCUGGAGGUGCGCACGGUGAACAGCGGCAGCGGCAACAAGCCCUCCACCGGCAACCGCCAGCCCUUCUUUGACCUGCAGUUGGACAUUAAGCCCACCGGCAUCAACAACCUCGAAGAUGCGCUGCGCUGGCAGACGCGCCGCGAGGCCAUCCACGGCUACGUCGACCCGAAGACGCGCAAGGUGGUGGAGGCCAGCAAUCAGAUGUUCCUCGAGACCGUGCCGCCCAUUCUGGUGCUGCACCUGAAGCUCUUUGACUACGACGUCGAGUCGGGCGCCAACCGCAAAGUAUUAAAGCGCAUUACCUACCACGAAAACUUUGAGAUUCCGCGCGACUGCUUUCUCCACCACGGUCGCGGCCACCACGGCCGAGGAGGAGGAGGCCUGGAAAAUGGAGGUGGAGGUGGUGGUCGUGGUGGUGGAGGUGGUGGCGGUCAGCAGGCAAAGAAGUACAAGCUGCUGGCGGUGGUGUACCACAGCGGCGCGGAGGCGAUGAAGGGCCACUACAUCACCGACGUGUACCACCUCGGCCUGAACCAGUGGCUGCGCUGUGAUGAUGCCUCCAUCAAGGUGAUCUCAAUCUCGCAAGUACUCGCAACGAACAACCACGGCACCGGCGGCAGCAUGGUCCCCUACCUCCUCUUCUACCGACGCCAGGACGGCGGUGGAGGGGGACAUUCUGGUCCCGGGGCCGCAGCCUCCAACAGCAAUGCUAACACCUCAAACUCAAACACUUCUUCUUCUUCUUCUUCGAACACUAACAACAACACCUCCUCUUCAAACUCGUCUUCUUCCCAUCAGCAAUCUGCCGCUGCUGCCUCCCGUCAUCUGCUCUCAAGUGAUAUCUAA